AUGUAUCAGUUCACCUUGCCCGACAUGAGCUGCGGCCACUGCGUCGCCGCCAUCACCGAAGCGUUGCAGGAAGUCGACGCUCAGGCCCGCGUCGACAUCGACCGCGGCACCAAGACCGCCCAGGUCGACAGCGCCCUGCCCCGCGAAACACUGGCCGCCGCGCUCGCCGAAGCCGGCUAUCCGCCCGCGCCGGAACCCUCCCGCGUUUGA